UUAAACAAUAUAUUGAAAUGUACCCUAAAUAUGUGGAAAGAUUUUACGUAAUUAUUAAAUAUGCUCUAUCUAUACAUUUAAAAAUAAAAUAAUCAUAAAUGUACUAGCAACUUUAAAGAAGGAAUUACUUGUAUUAUCUAUUUCUACAUUCAUUAUUUAUACACUUAUUGAACUGAUCAUAUGUUCCUAACUUCAACUGCCACAAAUAAUGUUUCAUUUUUUCGAUAUGAUCUCCAGCAAGAAAUCGCUGUUGAUAUGGGCAUAUGCUAUAGGAUGCUUUGAUCUGAUCAGCGCAUUACUUUUUUCCAUGGUCAGUUUGAAGACAAUAUGCGAUCACCUGAGUUGGCUGACGAUUUUUGCCGCUGUUUUUGGCCUUUUCUGGAUAACAAUGAUUGUGAUGCUGCUGGUUGGCAUUCAUGGGCGCCAUCCCAGAUGUGUUCGUGCCUGGAUUAUCUUCUCCUGCGUGGGAAUCAUGGUCGAGAUGUGCCUGGUGCUGUAUGCCGUUUUCAACGAGAGCACCUUCCAAAUGGGUCUGAUCAAAAAUGGACUUUUACUCAUGGUGGGAUUGAUUGUGGAGUGCAUUUUUCUGUACAUCGUUCAGCGGUUCUACGUGACUUUGGCCUUUUGCCAAGCCUGUCAUAAAGCUAUAGCCUCAAGAAUAGCACAACAGCAGGCUUGUAUGGAAUUGGAAGGAGAACACAGUCACCAAAAGCAUCAUUAUAACUUGGGCGAAACCAAAAGACCUAUUGAAAACCAAAAGCGCAGGGGAAAAAUAGUUCCAAACGCUCCAACACAACCAAUGAAGAUGGGUCUUUUCAGACCUUCAUACAGCAGCUCGGCAACGUAAAAUGAAGGCCUAUUUUUUAUUUUAUAGCUAAAAUAUUAAAAUACACGUUUGUAAAAAUAAUAAAAAUAUAUUAUUUAGCUACAGGGCACGAAACUCUUCGAAUUCGCAUGAAUACUUCUUGAUUUCUUCUUUACUCACUGCUGAGCAAAUUAUUUUAAAAGGAUUUUGUGUUUAACAUUGGCGUUCUAGUGUGUGUGUGUGGCUUGUGUAG